CUUCUAUGCAGGGACCCUUGUGCCUGAACAUGGGGCCCCUGAGCCGGGAAGCCUGGGCCCAGCGCCUGGGCGCCUUUCGGGCCAGCCCGUCCGCUUUCAUGGCAGGUCCUGAGGGCGAGGGUUUGGGUCGCGACCUGCUGAGUGAUCUGCGGAGUGAGAAGCUGACCGAACAGACUAAGGUUUCCUUGCUGGCCCUGAGCUUGGAGUUCCCAGCCCAGCUGUGGCCCGAUGCCUCUGCUGCAGAGGCAGCUGCCACCUUCCUGCUGGACACCCUGGUCCUCCUAUCCCCACGGCCCUCAGCUCUCCGGCGGCCCCUGCUGCUGGCGGCCACCACAGCCCUGGUGGCAGGAGGCGCGCUGGGCCCCACCUCAGGAGCCUCUGGCCGCCUCCUGCCCCUGCUGCUAGGCCUGGCCUCUGGUCGAGAUCUGGGUCGGGGCUUUGGACCAGCCUCAGAGCAGCGCCCCCUGCAGGCCACAGCGUGCGAGUGCCUGCGGGAGCUAGAGAGCUGUCAGCCGGGGCUGCUGGGGGGCUGCCUGGGGCUGUUGCGGGGCCUGCUGGGGCGGGAUGGUCCGGUCCAGCCACUCAGCCUGCUGGUCGCCCUUGUUCUGCGCAAUGUCUUGGUGGCACAGGCCAGGGCUGGGGCCAGCCUGCGGGGCCUGCUCACAGCUGGGGACGCCUCCACUGGGGGCGGCCCCUGUCCCUGGGAUUGGACACUAGCUCAAGAAGGGGAUGUCCACUUACAGCCCCAGGCCCCCAGCUGGCUGGCAGCUGAGGAGGGGGAGCAUGGCCUUGCAGCGCUAGAGCCCAGUCCUGAGGAGGCCCGGGAACUGCGGGCCACAGUGGCCCAGCUCCUGGAUGCCUCCUACCUGCUCGCUCCUGUGGCCCAGGCCCAGCUUCUGUGGCUGCUGGGAUGGGGCCUGCGGGGCCUGCGGGGCCAGCCGCCAGCACUCUUCAAGCCACAGCUGGUACGGCUGCUGAGUACAGCACAGCUGACCCUACUGCACGCCGUUCUGGCGCUCAAGGCGGCCUUUGGCGAGGCCCUGUUCACCGCCCAGGAUGAAGCUCUGCUGCUCCACCGGCUCACCGUGGCUGCCCAACACCCGGCCCUGCCAUCGCCCACCCACCUCUUCUACCUGCACUGUCUCCUGAGCUUCCCUGAGAACUGGCCACUGGGCCCCGCGGGUGAGGAGAGCACCCCACUGCUGCUAGGGCCCCAGCUGUGCCAGGGCCUCCUGCCCAGUCUUCUGCAUGACCCACUGGCUCUCCUGGCCCGCCUGCACCUGCUGUGCCUGCUCUGUGCCGAGGAGCAGGAGGAGAAAGGCCAGGCUGAGAGCCUCCGGCACUACCUGGAGGAGCUGCUGGCUGGCCUUCGGCGGAGGGCCGCCCUGGCCAGGAGCCCCCGGGCCUUGGCCACGCUCUGCUUCCAGGCCUCGUACCUGGUUGCCUGCUGCCUGGCUGGGCAGCCCACAGUGCUGACUCCUCUGAUCCAUGGACUGGCCCAGCUGUACCAGGCCCGGCCCGCCCUGGCCCCCCAUUUUGUGGACCUCUUGGAUCGGGUGGGCCCUGAGCUGGGGGAGCCGCUGAGAGGAGUGUUGCGGCAGGAGGUGGUGUCCGGGACAGGCAGGGAUGGCGCCCUUCGCUGGCACCUGCAGAUGCUGGCGAAGGUGGCGGAGGGGGAUGCCCAGAGUGCCACCCUGCGCUUCCUGCAGGCUGCAGCUGGCCACUGCACUGACUGGGGCCUCCAGCAGGCCCUCUUACAGGUCUGUCGGACCCUGCUGCGGUCAGGUGGGGGCAGUGGCCUGGCAGACUUGCUGCAGGCGCUGGCUGGGCAGCUGGAGGACCCUGACGGACGAGACCAUGCUCGCCUCUACUACCUCCUCCUGGCCCACCUGUCAGGGCCCAAGCUGGGGAUGGCCCUGGGCCCCUCGCUGGCCGCACCUGCAUUGGCUUCCUCCCUGGUGGCCGAGAACCAGGGCUUUGCGGCGGCGCUGACGGUGCAAGAGGCCCCGGCCUCGCUGCGGCUGAGCGUGGGGCCCCGCCGGUUCGAGGGCCCUGGCCCAGUGCUGCCGCUCCAGGUGGAGGCGCUGCAGCCGCUCUACUCCCUGGAGCUGCGCUUCCGCGUGGAGGGGCAGCUCUACGAGCCCCUGGGGGCUGUGCAUGUGCCCCGCCUGUGCCCCGGCCGCCCUGCCCGCCCUCUGCGCCUGCCUCUGCAGCCCCGCCGCCCGGCCCCCACCCAUCUGGGUGUCCGCGCCCUCUACACCACGCCCGCCGGCCUCACCUGUCACGCCCAGCUGCCGCCCCUGCAGGUGAAGUUCUCGGACCUGUUUCUGCCAUUCCCACAGCCCCCCGAGGGGGCGAGGCCGGGCUUCUUUGAAGAGCUCUGGGCCUCCUGCUUGCCCAAAGGCGCCGAGAGUCGCGUGUGGUGCCCGCUAGGACCACAGGGGCUGGAGGCCUUGGUGUCCCACCACCUGGAGCCGUUUGUGGUGGCCGCCCAGCCCCCCGACAGCUACUGUGUCGCCAUCCGCCUGCCUCCUGCUUCCAGGCUGCUGCUGCGGCUGGGGGCGGCCCAGGCAGACGGAGUGCCUGUGGCCCUGCGGACCGACGACUGGGCCGUGCUGCCCUUGGCGGGAGACUACCUUCGGGGACUGUCAGCUGCUGCCUGAACCCGUGGCGGGGCCAGGUGGGGCCAGGUAUGGGGGCUUGCCUGAGAGAGGCGGCUAGAGGCCAGGCCUUACCCCAUUUGCUACUUUUCAUUAAAAAAC